AUGAUAUGUUACGUUACACAGGCUGCUCCAAAUUUCAUCCUAAGCUUUAAAACAACAACAACGGGUUCCUGUGGAGGAAUGACAACAACAACAACACCUGUUCCGACUACAACAUCAUCUUGUGGAGGGAUGACAUCAACUACUACACUACCGCCAACUACCACUACUACCACUUGUCCUUCUCCAAUUACCACUACCACUACUACCACUACUAGCCCGCCACCCACUACAACUACAACUACUACAACCACUACUUGUCCUCCUCCAACCACUACUACGACUACGACCACUACUUGCCCUCCAACUACUACUUCAACCACCACCACAACUAUUUGUCCGCCAGAUACUACAACUACAACUACAACCACUGCAGCUCCAAAGACUACCACCACCACUACUUGUCCACCAGAUACUACGACUACAACUACUACCACUACUGCACCCGACACAACGACAACCACUGCAGCUCCAAAGACUACGACCACCACUACUUGUCCACCAGAAACUACCACUACAACUACAACUACUGCAGCUCCAACGACUACCACCACCACUACUUGUCCACCAGAUACUACGACUACUACUACAACUACUGCAGCUCCAAAGACUACCACCACCACUACUUGUCCACCAGAUACUACGACUACAACUACAACUACUGCAGCUCCAAAGACUACCACCACCACUACUUGUCCACCAGAUACUACGACUACUACUACAACCACCACUACUGCGCCCGACACAACAACAACCACUGCAGCUCCGAAGACUACUACUACAACUACUUGUCCACCAGAUACUACAUCUACAACUACAACUACUGCAGCUCCAAAGACUACCACCACCACUACUUGUCCACCAGAUACUACGACUACAUCCACCACUACUGCACCCGACACAACGACAACUACUGCAGCUCCAAAGACUACUACCACCACUACUUGUCCACCAGAAACUACGUCUACAACUACAACCACCACUACUGCACCCGACACAACGACAACCACCACUACUGCGCCCGACACAACGACAACCACUGCAGCUCCAAAGACUACUACCACCACUACUUGUCCACCAGAAACUACAUCUACAACUACAACUACUGCAGCUCCAAAGACUACUACCACAACUACUUGUCCACCAGAAACUACGACUACAACUACAACCACCACUACUGCACCCGACACAACGACAACAACAACAAGUACACCUAAGCCAACGACUACUACCACAUGUCCACCACCCACAACGACUACUAGUACACCUAAACCAACAACAACCACUACAUGUCCACCACCUACAACGACUACUAGUACACCUAAACCAACAACUACUACCACAUGUCCACCAACUACAACGACUACUAGUACACCUAAACCAACAACUACUACCACAUGUCCACCAACUACAACGACUACUAGUACACCUAAACCAACAACUACUACCACAUGUCCACCAACUACAACGACUACUAGUACACCUAAACCAACAACUACUACCACAUGUCCACCAACUACAACGACUACUAGUACACCUAAACCAACAACAACUACCACAUGUCCACCACCCACAACGACUACUAGUACACCUAAACCAACAACAACCACCACAUGUCCACCAACUAUGACUACCACCACUUGUCCACCACCAACAACCACGUCAACAACAACGACUACUACCACACCUUGUCCACCAACCACAACCACUACGACAACUACUGCCAAACCGACAACGACUACUUAUUGUAGCUCUAUGACAACUACAACGACUACAUGUGCACCAUAUACGACUACUACUAAAUCUUGCCUUUUAGGAAUACUCAGUCUUAAUGUGUAA